CUUCCGAAUUUGCCUAGUCUGGCUUUGUCGUUGUCGGUGAACGCAUCAUACCCAACAACUAGUGUUAUGAUGCUGCUUAGGCUUAUUGCAAUUUGCUUAUUAUUAGCUUACAAUGUGCACAGUUAUAAGAUUUUGGGGUUGUUUCCUAUGGCGGGCGCCAGCCAUCGCAUUUUGACAUCGAAGUUGAUGGAGGGGUUGGCCGAGGCGGGCCAUGAAAUAACGAUGGUCAGCGCUUAUCCAGCAAAAAAUGUGCCACAACAUUGGAAGUAUAGGCAAAUUAUGUUGAAUGGGAAUUUUAAAAAGUUUGAAGAGUUUAUGAAAAACGUCAAUCUCUAUGAUAUGUCCAACCCAAGAGCCGUAAUAACACAUAUGAACAAGAUGGUAUCAGGAAUUAUGAAUAAUACCAUACAUCAUCCCAAAAUGAUCGAACUGACCAAAUCCGAACAAUUUGAUGCAAUAAUUGUAGAGCAAUUCCACCAAGACGGUUUAAAAGCAUACGCCUCAGUUUUCAAUUGUCACCAAAUCCUUUUUAGUAGCAUGGGACCCAACUCCUUGGUAAAUCCUAUAGUGGGAAAUCCUCAGCCAGUAAGCUAUGUACCUCAUAUCUUUUCUGGUGAUUUUUCAAAGGAUUUAUCAGCCUGGAGUCGAUUUAAGAAUCUGGGAUUUUAUGUAAUGGAUUACCUUAUGACCACGUUCUUCAGACUUCCCUUUCAAGCUGAAUUUGCAAAAAAAAUAUGUCCUGAUUGCCCACCUAUAACUGAGUUGCGGAUGAACGCAUCAUUAGUAUUACUUAACUCACAUACAAGUAUUUAUCCGGCAUUACCACUUGUCCCGAACAUGGUGGAAAUAGGUGGAUAUUUUAUUGAUCCUCCAAAACCAUUGCCCAAAGAUUUGCAAGAAUUCAUAGCUAAUGCCAAAGAUGGAGUGAUUUAUUUCAGCAUGGGCAGUAAUUUAAAGAGCAAGGAUUUACCAGAAGCUACGAAAAAUGGCAUUUUGAAAGUUUUAGGGAAAUUAAAGCAACGAGUGAUUUGGAAGUUUGAAGAGGAUCUACCCAAUAAACCUGCAAACGUUUUGAUACAAAAGUGGUGUCCUCAGGCUGAUAUUUUAGCACAUCCGAACAUAAAACUAUUUAUCACUCAUGGAGGUCUACUCAGCACCACAGAAACCAUCUACCAUGGUGUUCCUAUUCUCGCCAUUCCAGUUUUUGGUGAUCAGAUUGCCAAUGCAGCACGUGCAGUAACUGGAGGCUAUGGUCUAAAGCUCAAAUACCAAGAGUUCACUGUAGAACUAUUCGAAAACUACUUGAAUGAGUUACUGAAUAACCCCAAGUACUCCCAACAGGUUAAGAAACGUUCUAAGAUAUACCACGAUAGGCCAAUGAAACCUCGAGAGGCACUAGUUUACUGGGUGGAGUACGUUAUAAGGCAUAAUGGUGCUCCACAUUUAAGAGUAGCAGGAAGAAAUCUAGUUUGGUAUAAAUACUUUAUGGUGGACGUCUUUGCUGCGCUAUUGGUAGCUUUUGGAGGUUUUGCUUAUGUGCUAAAACUUGUGGUGAAGAAAGUGUGCUGCCGAUCUAAGAAAAGUGAUAUAAAGCAAAAAGUUUCAUAAAAAAGGAAUAUAUUCGUAGCAAAUUGUAGUUGAUUGUAAAUAGACAAUUUAUUAUUUUAUAAGAUUCAUUUUGUAGGUAUUUAUACACGUUGCUUGAUAAUAUAUUUAUUGAAAUAUAGGCCUAUAAGGAUAA